AUGAGCAACAGCAAUCAAUUGAGGGACCCGAACCCAGUUCCUCCAGACUCCACGGCGGUUACUCGCGGAAGCUCCGUCCAAUCGCCACGCAAAUUUGGUCGGCUUCUGAAGAAGGUCAAGGAUGGUGUAACAAAGAAGAAUUCUGUUGAGAUCAUACAGAAGCGCUCGAACAUGGAGAAUUUGCGCAGCCGCGAGCCUCUUCUCCCGGAUGUUGAUCACGAAGACGCCUUGUCGACUCUGAAUAUCGAGCCUGAGGUUCAGAAUACUCCAUCUGAUGUGAAACAAGGUGGUGAUCCCCAAUCGGCACUUCGAGACGCCCAAGGAGUUGUCGGACGCAUGACUCUACUUUCGGGGCCUGUAGAAUCUGGGGCAUCCGCCGCCCAAAAUGCAUCAGGGGAUCUGGACACAUAUCUCCAACCCCUCAGGAUAUUUGACAAUGUUAUUGGGAAUAUCGCGGAUGUGCAUCCAUAUGCAAAGAUGGCACUGGGCAUCUUGUCUUGUGCUUUUAAAAUGGUCAUAGCCGAAUCGGACUGCGAUCAAGCGGUCCAUCGUCUUGUCUACAAGUUGGCUGAAGUUUAUGACUUCAUGAUCCAGGACGAGACGCUUAGCUAA